UGUUAUUCUUAUCUGUAACUCUUCAGCUUUUCCAUAUCACAUGUACAUUUGCCUUACAUAAGUUCAAUACUGAAUCUGUCUUUUAGAGAUCUAAGAUAUAUGUUAUACGAAUAAAUAGCAUGUACGAUUUUUAAAAGAUCAAUAUAAUUUUUGUUUAAAUCUCCUGGCUAAUAAACGUGUAGUUAUAUAUUUUAUAUUUCCUUCAAUAUUGUUUUAUAAUGCAUUAUGUCACGACGAUUAAACCUUUUUAUCGAAGUAUUUUAUGUAGAAACUUAAAAUUUUCAACACAUAGUCAGAAAUAUGAGUUUCUACGAGAGCUUGAAAUUGAUUAUGAAAACCCUGGCUUAUUUGAUGGAAAUUGGGGAGGUACUGGACAAAUUCUUCAUUGUAUUUCACCAACAACUGAGUCUGUUAUAGCUAAAAUUCAGACUCCCACUGUAGAAGAGACUAUAAAGGCAAUUCAAAAAUCGUUAAAAGCAUGGUAUUACUGGAGGUCUCUUCCAAUUCCAAAACGCGGAGAAGUUGUUCGUCAAAUCGGUAAUGAGCUAAGAAGAUAUCAAAUUCCUCUUGGUAAAUUAAUUUCUCUGGAAAUGGGUAAAAUACUUUCUGAGAGUUAUGGAGAAGUUCAAGAGUAUAUAGAUAUCUGUGAUUAUGCUGUUGGUCUAUCAAGGAUGUUACCAGGAAAAAUUAUUCCGUCAGAGAGGAGCCAACAUAUACUUAUCGAAAACUGGAAUCCUCUAGGAGUCAUUGGAAUAAUAACAGCAUUUAAUUUUCCAAUAGCAGUAUUUGGAUGGAAUAAUGCAAUUGCUUUGGUAUGUGGAAACACCACAGUUUGGAAAAGCUCACCAACAACUUCACUAUCAUCUAUAGCUGUGACUAGAAUCAUAUCCAGAAUACUAAAUCGUCAUAACAUUUCUGGAUCAAUUGCAACUCUUGUGACUGGAGGCUCAGAUAUAGGAAAAGCUCUGGCUUUUAACAAAAGUUUACCACUUAUCUCUUUUACUGGUAGUACCACGUCUGGAUUACAAGUUGCUCAAGAAGUGCAACAACGGUUUGGAAAAACUAUUCUUGAAUUAGGCGGUAAUAAUGCUAUUAUCGUAUAA